AAAAUACACGCGACACUUGAAUUCGCCUACGCCUGCUUCCUCAUAAUCAAGAUGGCUGCCCACAGUGCUGUGCUCUCCUUUUCCAAAACCAUAAAUCCCCUCUGGGGUCGACACCUGGGAAAUACGGUUAAAGUAUUUGGAACAACUUUGACAAGUAACCGGAAUAAAACAUUUUAUCCUAGAGACAACAUUCCCCCUCCUGCAAAGUACGGAGGCAGACACACUGUGACCCUCAUUCCUGGGGAUGGAAUCGGUCCAGAACUUCUGAAUCAUGUCAGAGAGGUUUUCAGGUUUAGCUGUGUGCCUGUGGACUUUGAGGUUGUGAAUGUCAACUCUGCACUAGAGGCUGAGGAUGAUAUCAAUAAUGCCAUUACUGCCAUCCGCCGAAAUGGAGUUGCUCUUAAAGGUAACAUAGAAACCAACCAUACCAUGCCGCCGUCUGUGAAAUCCAGAAAUAAUCUCCUACGCACAAGCUUAGAUCUGUAUGCCAACGUGAUGCACUGCCAGUCCCUCCCUGGAGUCCAAACUCGGCACAAGAACAUUGACAUCAUGAUCAUCAGGGAGAACACAGAAGGAGAAUACAGCAAUCUGGAGCACGAGAGUGUAUCAGGCGUGGUGGAGAGUCUGAAGAUCAUCACUAGGAACAAUUCCCUAAGGAUUGCUGAGUAUGCUUUUCAACUGGCUCGGGAGAAAGGUCGCCGCAGGAUCACUGCAGUGCAUAAAGCCAACAUCAUGAAGCUCGCAGAUGGCUUGUUUCUCCAGUGCUGCAGGGAGGUGGCCUCUGGAUUCCCGGACAUUACUUUUGACAGCAUGAUUGUGGACAACACAACCAUGCAGCUUGUGUCCAAACCCCAGCAGUUUGACGUGAUGGUGAUGCCUAAUCUGUACGGAAACGUUGUUAGCAAUGUGUGCGCUGGCCUAGUGGGAGGGCCUGGCCUUGUGCCUGGUGCCAAUUAUGGUCGGGGCUAUGCCGUGUUUGAAACAGCUACAAGGAACACGGGAAAAAGUGUUGCAGGAAAGAACAUCGCUAACCCCACUGCUAUGCUGCUAGCAAGUUGCAUGAUGCUGGACCACCUCAAGCUUUAUGACUAUGCCACCUUGAUAAGGAAUGCAGUCCUCACCACAAUGAAUGAAACUAGGUUGCACACAGCGGACCUGGGGGGUCGGGGCACCACAUCAGAGGUGGUCCAGUCCAUCAUGAGGAUCAUCCAGAGUAAAGGACAGCUCACAGCAGAGAUCUAAAACAUCUCUGUCAACACUGUUUGAAUAAUUUGGAGUCAUUGGUGUGGAUCUGAGCAGGUUUCUUUGUGCAGGCAGUCUACAAUAUGGGAAAAGGAUAUUUAAACAUUUCUGUUCAAACUACUAACCAGAUAUCAAAAUAAACUUUCAUUUAAAAAUAAAAUCCAGUAUCACUCCUGUUGGAUAAUAAAAUCUACUAUAACAAUAUUUAUUUUUCCAGGGUGUUUUGUGUUGAGAUGUUCUUUCAGUUUUAGAGGCGUAUCCUCAGAAACGAUUUAUACUGUUUGACACCAACAUGGAGGCAGUAAUAUUUAAUGUAUCAUUUGGUUGCCUUGUCCACUCACUGCUCUCUAAUAUGGGUUAUUUAUGUUUCAUGUUAAAGCUACAUAGCAGCUUUUUCAAAUCCACUAAAAUGUUGAAUGUUCUUGUGAGGUCUUAUUAUUUGUGUCAUAACACAUUGCUUAUGUACUGAAUUUCCAUUUGCGAGUUAAAAAAUGCUGACCCAGCUAUAUGUGAUAUCACACCGGACCAAAGUACACCAAAUAACUUCUGUAACUGAUGAACGUUUUAGCUGAUACCUUCACAAUAGUGGCUAAACUGAAUUAGAUCCAAGUUUGACAAGGAAAAUGGGUCAUAUAUACUGUAUAAUGUGCUUUCAAUAAAGAAGUGUAUCUUAAAUGCA